GGCUGGUCCCUUGAUCUUUCUAAAGGGGUGGUGCAGGGUCGCCCAUCAAACUCGCCCGACAACUCGCCUUGGGCCGCCAUUCAGAGCAACGACACUGAGUGGGCUGUGAGAUCUUGGCAAUCCAGCUUUCUCCGGCUAUAUUUCCCCGACUCGUCUGAUCGGUCUCCGGAUCCCUUCGCCUUACUCCUCCUCCUGCGUCUGCACCGGCAUCAUGUCUAAGGUAGUGCGCAGCGUCAAGAACGUUACAAAGGGAUAUUCCUCGGUGCAGGUCAAGGUUCGAAAUGCAACGAGCAAUGACCCCUGGGGCCCGACGGGCACUGAUAUGUCCGAGAUCGCGGCCAUGACUUUCGGGAGCCCGAACGAGUUCUACGAGAUCAUGGAUAUGAUCGACAAGCGCCUCAACGAUAAGGGCAAGAAUUGGCGCCAUGUUUUGAAAUCGCUGAAGGUCCUGGACUACUGUCUUCAUGAGGGCUCCGAGCUGGUGGUGACAUGGGCGCGUAAGAACGUCUACAUCAUCAAGACACUGCGCGAGUUCCAAUAUGUUGACGAGGAAGGACGCGACGUCGGUCAAAAUGUUCGCGUCGCCGCAAAGGAAUUGACCGCACUUGUUCUGGAUGAGGAUCGCCUGCGCAGCGAACGAUCGGAUCGCAAACUUUGGAAGACUCGUGUCAGUGGACUCGAUGACGGCUAUGGAAGCCAGGCCGAGCCACCGCGCCGAGAGCGACGACGACCCAACCAGGACGAGGAUGAUACCGAAUACCGACUAGCGAUCGAAGCCAGCAAGGCUGAAGCCGAAGAGGAACGCAGACGACGUGCCAAGGAGGCAGCGGUCGGUGAAGAUGAGGAUCUAGCUAAGGCUAUCAAGCUCAGCAGGGAAGAAGAGGAUCUGCGGAAGCGGGAACUGGAGGAGAGCAACGCUCACUCGCUCUUCGAUGAGACCCCGGCUCAAGUUCAGCCGACUGGCUUCAACCAGGGCUACCAGCAACAAGGUGCCGUGGACUGGUUUGGCAACCCGAUUAACGUCCAGCAGCCCAUGACGACUGGCUUCUUGAACAACCAAUAUGCUCAACCCACAGGUUUCCAGCCUCAACCCACGGCCAACCCUUAUGCAAACGGGUACCAACAGCCCUCCGCUUUUGACCAGAACCCUUACGGACAGCCCCACAACAACUUCUUGCAGCCCCAGGCCACCCUCCAAACACAAAAUACCGCGUUCAACAACAAUCCUUAUGGACCUGCGGAUGCUUUCCCUCAGCAGCAGCAGCAGCAGCAACAACAACAACAACAGCAGUCUCAGGAGAACUACCUGUCUGCUGGAAGUAACAACCCGUGGGCCUCGAACCAGCCAGCUGAGACGCUCAAGCCCGUGCCCACUGGCUCGAACAACCCCUUCGCCCAGAAGACUCAGCCCCAGUUCAACAACCCACCGCAGUCAACAGGACCUCCGUCUCUUAACACCCUUGCAGAGGACCGCCCCACGAACCAGUUUAGCAACCAAUACAGCCAGAACAACCAGUUCAGCAACCAGAACCAAUCGUUUGCCCACCAACCCAUUCAGCCCAACCCGAUCGCCAACUUCCAAGCCCCGCAGCCUCCGAAGAGCACUCCUCCUCAGUCCUCUGACCCGCACCAUGCUCGUCUGAAUGCGCUUCUUGCAUCAGGCGAAGGCCAGGAUACCUUCGGAAAUGUCGGCGAUCUCCGUAUCCCCGCGCAGCACACCGCACCUGGCACGUUCGUCAACUCCGCUGGCCAGGGUCUGGAUCGCCUGCAUGCCAACCAGACGGGCAACAAUCCAUUCUUCGGCCAGCAAUACACAGGCAUGCCCCAGCAAACCGGCUUCGUACAGCAGCGCCCCGCCAGCAACCCCUGGGGAGGCCAGCAACAGCAGCAGCAUGGAGGUAGCUUGAUUGACCUGUAA